AUGGCUGAGGACUCGGAUUCGGAGUUCCGCCUGCCGUGGGGGCACCGGGCGGCCUCAGCUGUGGACGCGCUGUGGGACGUCAGGAAACUGCUGCGAAGACUCGAGAAAGGCUACCUUCAGGACAUCUCCCUCCACACCACGGGCCACCUGAACCCCAACAACCUCUACAGGCCCCCCGAGAAGAUCGUCCAUCACUGGCGCAAUGCCUACCCGCCCACGGCGAGGGGACGCCCGGCGAAGCCGUCAGAGAAGGUGGCCGCGAUGAAGGACGCGCUGGCCCAUUUCACCAUCAACACGGCGCUGCGCCCCAGCGAGGCCCCGGGCGCGCCGCUGUCCCGCUACCUGCACCCCCAGGCACAGGCGCCGCCCUCCGAGGGGGAUGCCGCCCCGCGGCCCAGUCGGGGGGCUGGGGGCUCUCCCCCGCAGCGCAGGAGAGAGGAGCUCAGGUGGCCGGAGGUGAAGGUGCUGAAGCUCAAGGCCGCGCGGUCCAGCCGGCAGUGCGUGCUCUCGCCCGCGGGCAGGGACGAGUACUGCUACGUCACCUCCCACCUCGCGGGCCUGACCAAGGCGGACCAGUACGAGAAGUUCCUGCGUUUCCAGAGGAAAGUGCUGGCCACGCAGGACCUCCUGGAGAGCGACUUCACGGGGGCCAAGGCGGCGCUGCGCCUCGAGAAGAAGUUGGAGCAGGAGCUCCGGAAGGUGUGCGCGUGCGACCCGCAGGAGCUCCACAGGCUGCAGGUCUUCAGCGAGGCCUUCGAGGACGUGUGCAGCAGCUCCUUGCUGUUCGGCGGCAUCUUGAAGGAAGUGAAGGACGAAUACGAGCUCUACAUGGCCGUCCUGCUGAGCACGCAGCCCACGGAGCAGUACCAGACUCUGAUGGAGGAGGCCAAAGGGCUGGCGAGGAGCUCGGUGAAGACGGAGGAUGUCGCCCGGGCCCGGGAGGAGCUGAGGGCACUCGUGGCGGCCACCAACGCGGCCCUGGAGCACAAUGACAGGCUCCGGAGCGAGCUGGCGGAGGAGCGGCGGCGGCUGCGAUGCGCGCAGGAGAAGGCAGAAUCUUCUGAGAAACACGUGAGCAAGGAGGAGGAGCACCUCACGCUGUCCGACCAGGUGGAGAGGAAGAGAUGCGAAGUACUCCAGAAGCUGGACGAGAUCCAAGCUCUGGAGCGAGAAAUGAAAACCACCCUGGUGCACACGAGGGUUUUACAAAUCACCGAGAGCAGGGUCAAGAGCAUCGAGACUGAAACUAUAAAGUUGGAAAGAGCAAAUAUUAUUUUAAAGAAGAAAAUAGAUACCGCCGAACACCAGGUGAAGCAGUCCCUGGGGAAGAGUGACCUGAGUGGGGAGGAGCAGCGGAACCUUUGGGAAUUUAUUAAAGAAUAUGUGAGACCGAAAGAAACAGAUAACGACUGAAGUGGCUGAACUAAAUGCUCUAUGAGCACCCAGAGUGCCGUGCACACUGAGGAUGUUUGCA